AUCCAUUGAACGAGGAGUCCGAACUGCCGCGCUGAAGAUCUCUCCAAAAGGAAAAAUCAGAAGAGAGAAAGAACAUUGAAUCAGGGAGGGGCGUAGAAUCUGUCCAUGGAGGGUCACGAUUAAUCGCACCAUUUAAAAAAAAAAAUUAUAAAAACAGCAGUUGGUCCUCCGCAGGCAUCCCAUGUGCUCACAUGGAGCAUAGAAGUUGGAGCUUACAGGAUUUGCAGGCGUUUGGGAACCGAAGAGGCCACACCAUGUGAGGCAAGAAGGAAGACCUCGAAGAAGCGCGCUGCAUUUCACGACGUCGAUCACAAUUCAUAGACCAAGUUAGAGAAGUCCAUCAUCGUCUACACAGAAUAUUUGGUGGGAGAUGAAGGAAGGGGGAGACGGAGGAGGAGGGUUUGUCCGUGCGGAUCAGAUUGAUCUGCGGAGUCUUGACGAGCAAUUGGAAAGGCAUAUGAGCAGGGCGUUGACUAUGGAGAAGAAGAUGAAAGGGGAAGAGGAUGUGAAAAGGAGGAGGGAGAGAGAGGAAUGGGAGAUCGAUCCCGCUAAGCUCCUCAUUAAGGGUCUCAUAGCUCGCGGUACUUUCGGCACCGUUCAUCGCGGCGUUUACGAUGGUCAGGACGUUGCCGUUAAGUUACUGGACUGGGGAGAAGAAGGUAGCAGGACAGAAGCUGAAAUUGCUUCACUGCGAGCAGCAUUUACUCAGGAAGUUUCUGUUUGGCAUAAACUUGAUCAUCCAAAUGUAACUAAGUUUAUAGGCGCUACAUUGGGUGAGGCAGACCUGAACAUACAAACUGAAAAUGGCCAGAUUGGAAUGUCUACUAACAUUUGCUGUGUUGUUGUUGAAUACCUCCCUGGGGGCGCCUUAAAAACUUAUCUCAUAAAAAAUCAUAGGAGAAAGCUAGCUUUCAAAGUUGUAGUCCAAAUAUCUCUUGAUCUUGCAAGGGGGUUGAGUUAUCUUCACUCAAAAAAGAUUGUGCACAGAGAUGUAAAGACAGAAAAUAUGCUUCUGGAUAGGACAAGGGCUUUAAAAAUUGCUGAUUUUGGUGUUGCGCGAGUUGAAGCACAAAACCCCAAUGAUAUGACUGGAGAAACCGGAACCCUUGGUUAUAUGGCUCCAGAGGUUCUAAAUGGAAAUCCUUACAACAGAAAAUGUGAUGUGUACAGCUUUGGAAUUUGCCUGUGGGAGAUAUACUGCUGUGAUAUGCCAUAUCCUGACCUCACUUUCUCUGAAAUCACAUCUGCAGUUGUUCGGCAAAAUUUGAGGCCGGAGAUACCGAGGUGCUGCCCGAACUCACUAGCAAAUGUGAUGAAACGAUGCUGGGAUGCGAACCCUGACAGGCGGCCGGAGAUGGAUGAUGUAGUCGUCAUGCUGGAAGCCAUUGACACAUCCAAGGGCGGAGGGAUGAUCCCUAUUGGUCAGCAACAAGGAUGCCUGCCUUGUUUUGGCAGCUACAAAGGCCCCUAAAUUUGUUGUAAUCAAAAUGUUUUUUUGAAAUCCUUGUUGAUAUUCUGAUUGCUGCUGAUGCUUCGCAGCGCUCGGUGGCCGGAAUUGUAUUUAUGGAGCCAAGCCAAUAGUAAUUAUGUAAUACAUGUGUUUGACUUCUUUCUUGUCUGAGGAUUUGCUUUUCUGUGUCAUAAUUUUUAGUGUUGGUUGACUUGGUUUACUGGACUUUGAGGUAAUUUGUAUUUACAAAUAUGUGAAAUAUUCUUGAAUGAAAAUCUUCAUGCAUCCAUAA